UUUCCUCCAUGCAAUCUCUUGAAAUGGAUGAAGAGCUCCAGGAUUGGUCAGAAGUAAAAUUAUCCAAGGAGAAAAGCAAGGUAGAGCCCACAAAGUCGGACUUUUUGCUAUCACUAUCGCCAACAACUAAAAGCUCGUCAAGACGUAAAAAGAAAGGCAUUGUGCGACAUUUGAAUGACAUGGGUGAUUCAGAAACUCUCAGCCAUGAGCCAGAGGAGUCCUCUUUGCUGGUAGAAAAUGAUGAAAAGAACUCGAUUGGUAAUUUCAAGAGCCCCAUGGGUGCUAACAAAAAGCGAAAAAGACGAAGUAUUGCCAGAUUGGCAAUGUGUUCAACAAAGAGAUCUGAAAAACAGGACUCGGAAUUGGUUGGGUGCAGAGUUAAAGUUUGGUGGCCAAUAGAUAAACAGUUUUAUGAAGGUGUUGUGCAAUCUUAUAACCCAGGAAAGAAGAAACAUGUGAUACUAUAUAAUGAUGGAGAUGUGGAAGUUCUCCAGUUAGAUAAGGAGCAGUGGGAGGUUAUUAGUGAAGGUUCCGAGCCUAGCAAGCGACUUAAAUCAUCAAAUGUUUCCCCAUCCAAAGGAAUAUUCAGGAGGAAAACAACUAUAAAGAAAAAUGUAAAGAAUAGCCAUAGUGGAAUGUCAGAAAGCAACAUUGGUGCUAAUGCUAGCAAUUACGCUGAAGGAAGAGCUACCCCUGAAUUAUCAGAAUCUCACCCCGACACUAGUCCUGAAGUCAAUGAAGUUAAUUCAGAUGAUUUUGCAAACGAACAAGCAUCUCCUUCAGCAGCCGCGAAGGAGGAGCAACGAGAGGCCCCAGCAGACCUAGAAGAAUCGGACAGAAGAGAAAAUGGAUUCUUCCGACAGAGGAGCUGAAGGAGAUUCGGAUGAUGAACCCCUUAGUAUGUGGAAGGUACCAGGAGCAAAAGUAGCCUAGAGCUUGAAGACUGGCCUUCUCUUUGAAAACUCAAAUGUUGGAUUUGGCUUUGUUGCCGUUGUCCCAACCAUGGUCUGUCGAUCUGAGUUGCUGAAGGAAGACGGACGUUUUGGUACCUACAAUAGAUGCUGCUAAUAAACUAUAGUAACACAAAUGCUGUGAUAAGGGCCAUGAAUAUGUAAUUUUCCCGGUUAUUGUAUGUAGCAUGCGUUUGUAGCCAUCUUAUGUAGAGUAGUUUAACCACUCAUCUUGGAUAGGUCAUAGCCAAAAAAUUACACAUCCAACAAUCCUAACCAUCUGAUUUGUUCCUUCAAAUGGACUGUUGAAAGGAAUCAUCUUGUGUGCGA